UCGGCCCCGCCUCCUGAGCCCUCCUCGGCCCCGCCUCCUGAGCCCUCCUCGGCUCCGUCCCCAGAGCCUUCCAGGCCUCCGCCUCCUAGGCCUUCCUCAGCACCGUCUCCUGAGCCCCCAGAGCCUCCCUCAGCUUUAUCUCCAAGGCCCCUUGGAUCAGCCCUAGCCCUUUGGCCGCCUCCCAGGCCCCCUGAACCGGCCCUUGCCUUACGGCCAGCCUCCGGGCCAUCUAAACCCAACCCUGCCCGGGCAAUACCUCCCAGACCACCGAAACCUGUCCCUGCCCGGUCGAUACCUCCCUGGCCUCCUAAACCUUUCCCCUUGUGCCCCCGUGGACUGCCUAAUUUCCCCUUGUGCCCCCGUGGACUGCCUAAUUGCUCCUUGUACCCCCUUACUGUCUUUGUGUGCCUUGUGUCCCCUUUGGUCUGUUAGUUUUUCCUCCCUUUUAGCCCCUCGCCCUGUACAUCUGUUUAUUCCUGUUGGUUCUUCCCUCCUGUCUCUUAGGACCGUCUGGAAUCCGGUCCUUUUGAGGGGGGGAUUAUGUAACGUUCCGGUGUUGUCUGUCCUAUGUUCUCUGUUUUCACCCAUCACGUUUUUCAUGUUUCCUGGUCUGCUCCGUGUUUUCCGUCUCACCUGUCACCGCUCCCAUUCCAUGUCACGUUUUCCCUGUUGUCCGCCUGUAGGCUCACUGUCCGAGCGUAAAACUACAUUUCCCACAAUUCCCGGCCCACGUCACUGCCUGCACUCAUCAGUGUUUCCACCUGUCUCGUUGAGUCUUGAUUGUGUUUGUGUAUUUAACCGUGUCUGUUUCUCCUUUCCCUUGUCGGUCUUUGUAAGUGUAUGCCUGUUUCCCAUGCUUCCAUCAUUGUUACGUCUCCGUUGUUAUACCCGUUUAUGCCUCCCGUUAACCCUUUGUUUGCCUUUCGUGUUUUGUUUAUCUUUUUCCCAUCGUGGAUGUUUGUAUUACCCUUGUUGUCUAAAUAAAACCUCCGCUGCGACUAGAUCCUCAUCCUGUGUCUGCCUCCACCGUCAAUCGUGACAUAGAUUACCGUUUGAGAAAAAAAUCACGGUUGACCGGUUUUACAAUUAUUUGCACAUCUCCUUAUCUCCAACAGCACUGAUGCAAAAAUGCAUAUCGUAUAACCAUUUAACUUCUAUGUGGACAUAUUUCUGGGGGAUAUGUGGACACUAAGGGAAGUCCGAUAAUAAGAAAAUGUAUAAAUACACACACACAAAAAAAGAGGCUGCUGUCAGGUGGGCAUCAUUCGGGCACUGAGUGAAGCAGGAAUGAAUCCCUGUAGAUCUGAUUGGUGGCACCUCCAUCGGUUCGCUGAUAGGGGCUCUCUAUGCUGAAGAGCGAAGCGUCAGUCGUAUGACAGUCAGGGCAUGCCAGUGGGCCAUGGACUUUGGAUCUAUUUUUAAGAAGAUCACAGACUUGACCUUCCCGGUGACAUCCAUGUUUACUGGAAAAUGCUCUCUGUGGAGGUAUGUUCAUGCUAGUAUGUCUCUUUCUGGGUACCUUCCCCCUCUAUGUGACCCUAAAGAUGGACACUUACUCCUGGAUGGUGGCUGCAUAAAUAAUCUACCAGAUGACAUGGCUCGCUCGAUGGGUGCCAAGUUGGUUGAUGUUAGAGUCAAGAUGAGACUAAUCUUACCAACUAAAAAUAUCCUAAAAACAUCCUAAAAAUAUAUGGGUAAAAUAUCCCUUACCAGAGGGUGAUUGUCCUAAGUUUAAAUUUUUUUUUUUAAUUACUUUCUUACACUGACAGAAGAGUCUGAGUACCAGACAGACAAUGAUGAGGAUGCAGUGCUGUCAGGCUUUGAUCUGUCCAACCCGAA